GUAGUAGUAGAGAGAGAGAGAGAGAGAGAGAGAGAGAGAGAGAGAGAGAGAGAUGGAACAUGGAAGCUUUAGGAGACGGGAGGAGGGCCGCGAUCUACUUACUCGAUCCAAGAGUUUCACCACCCUCUCAUGCAUUCCCCCCACAAUCAUUUGCGCCACCCCAUUUGCACUGCCCUUCUCUCUCUCUCUCUCUCUCUCUCUCUCUCUCUCUCUCAUGGCCUUUGCUUGUUGCCUGCAUCUAAUUCUGUUCCUUGCUUGCUUCUCCUUUACUUACUAUUUAGCUACUCCCCCAUCUCCUCUCCUCUCCGCUCCUGCCUCCUCCCUCCUCGUCCUUCACGCUACUACUACAAAAGACCAUGCACAAGCAAGCAGAGUCACAUCACACCACUGGCUAGCGCCGCAGCUCAGGCAAUCCGAUCGCUCCCAUAAACUAUUUCUUGGAUCCCUUGAGAGAGGAUCUAGAGCAGCAGCAGUGGGAUCUGCGCGCGCAGCAGCUUCGAUGGGCCUCGACGUCGCGGAAAUAUCCGAAUUGGCGGCGCUCCAGCCGAUCCAGACGGCCGUGGGCGGCGCGCGGGGCACGGGAGGGCCGAUGGCGGACGAUGGCGCUCCCGCCGCCGACACGGGCUGCGUCACACCGAAGGCAUCCAUGGCGAGCGGCUCCAUGGCCAUGCUGCCCAUUGCGCCACUGCAGCAAGACGACGGCAUCGACGUUGGCUUCGCCACGCCGCUGGCCACGGCCACGGGUGGAGAAAUUGGGCCGCGAGACGGCUGCGGAGCGGGGGCCAAUGCCGGCGACGAGGGCAGCUUCACCACGCCGACGACGGCCGACAGCGCGCUGGUGCCGGCCACGGUGUGCCCGCCUGCGCCGCGGAAGUCGGCGCCGGUGCCAACGAGGAAGCGUGCGCCGCUGCAGCAGCGGCUCUUUUUCUACCCGGUGCCGCACGAUCUGACCACCGUCUUCGUCGCCGUGCCGCAGCGCCCGCCGCCUGCCAAGAAGAUGCGGGCGCACAUGGUGGAGUCAUCCGUGCCUACGUGAAAGUGUGAGAGACGCACGUACAUUCCCUCAGUGUCUUGUAAAUGCAGUUCAGCACUUCACAUGCAUGGUGGGGAAUGCUGCAAACUGGUAGUACUACAUACGUACAAACUAAGUCAUCAGUUGUACAUAAUUUAGAAAUGCAACAAUGUAGGAGUUCGACAUCAAUGUUCAACGCAACAAAAUGAAA